AUGCACUUAACCUGGGAAGGUCUCGGAUAUCUAUCUAUCUAUCUAUCUAUCUCGGCCUGUUUAUAUCUAUCUAUCCCAGUCUGUUCAUAUCUAUCUAUCUAUCUAUCUAUCUAUCUAUCUAUCUAUAUCUAUAAUCAUCUAUCAGUUUUUUUUUCUUUCUUUCAAUCUUUUCUCUUUCAUCCUGACCAAAGUUUUCCUUCUUUUUUUUUCUUCUUUUUUUUUCUUCUUUUUUUUUCCUUUUUUCUUUUCUUCUUCUUUUUUUACAUCUUUUCCUUCUUUUUUUUCCUUUUCUUCGCUUCUUUUUACAUCUUUCCUUCUUUCUUUUUUUUUUUUUUUUCCUUUUUUUCCUUCUUUAUUGUUUUUUUCUUUUUUCAUUCUUUCUUCUUUUUCUUAUUCGUUUUUCUUUUCUCUUUUCUUUAUUUUCCUUUUUUAUUCUUUUCUUUUUUCAUUCUUUCAUUCUUUUCUUUUUCUUUAUUUUUCCAAUUUUUUCUUUAUUUUUCUUCUUUUGUUCUUUACUUUUUCUUUUUCCUUUUUCUCCUUUGUCUCUCGUUUUCCUCUUACCUUUAUUUCUUUCUUAUUUUCUUUUCUCUUCUUUUUCCUUCUUCUCCUUCUCUCUCUCUUUUUCUAUUUUCUUUGCUUUCCUUCUUUUGUCUGUUUCACUUCUUUUUCAUUCUUCUCCUUCCUCUUUCUCUUUUUGUCUUUUCUUUAAUUUCCUUCUUUUCUUCUUUUCUUUGUCUUUCUUCUCCUUAUGUUUCUUUUCUAUUUUCUUCAUUUUACUUCAUUUGUUUUUUUUAUACUUCUUUUUCCUUCUACUCCUUCGCUUCACUUUUUUUCUAUUUUCUUUAUUUUCCUUCUCGUAAUUUUUCAUUCUUUUCUCUUCUUUUCAUUAUUUUUCUUUCUUUUCUUUUCAUUUGUCUUCUUUUACUUUCUUUCUCUUUUUUAUUCAUUCUUUACCUCCUUCUCAAUCUUUUUUUUUUUUGCUUUUUUUUAAUUUUCAGCUUUUUUUCAUUUCUUUGUUUCUUUUCUUUCAUUCCCUCAUUUGUGUCAUGGGUAUUUACCUAUAACUACAGAAUGAAUUCUUCCUAA